GGAUAGCUUGUCGGUUCCCACAGUAGUAUUAAAUUAUAGGGAACUGCCAAUGAAAUUCUUAAUCAAAGAAAAAACGCACCUUACCUUACCUUGUCGUGUGCCCUUCCCUUCUUCCCAUGCCCCUGCAUGCUUUCUUUGAUUGAAUUGAACCAGUCUUAGUCCACGCCCGCCACCCACCUCAUUAUUUCAAUUUUCCCCUCUCUUACUCAUUCUUUUCUCUCUUCCCUUAUUCAUCACUCUUCCAAAAUAAAAUUAAAAAAAAAACCCACCUUUUUAGUUUUCUCUCAUAGUCUCAUCUCAUCACGACAAACAACAAUCUAAUCUAUGCAACCCCAAAGAAACCCAAUUCAAUAGAAAAAGAAAACAAAAAAUCAGAUGAGCCAGUGGAUACACGUGGCGGUGGCAGCAUCCGCCGUGGGAUGCGUCUCGACCCUUUUGUUGGUCUUUCUCUGGCGUUGGUGCCAUAAAAGAAAUCAUCGCAGAAAUUUCGUUGAGCCGGCUAGUUUGACCAGAGUGGAGAGUGUCCAGGGAGGGAUUUCUGUUUCCAGGCUUCAUCAACAACAACAACCUUUUCAAUUGGAUCAGGGAAACAAGAACAACAACAAGGGCAAUUACAAUUACUAUGUUUUUCGCGGUGGUGGCGUGUCGGGGAAAAGAAGUUUGUUCAAUUGGGGUGAUCAUCCAUCUAUGGCCGCUGAUGCUGUUGAAAAUGGAUGGUCACGAUUUGCUUUCACAGGGUACAAGAGUUACACGCCAUCUCCUUCGAAAAGAUCAGCACUUUUAGGAGUUUGCGCUGCACCUGGUGGAGGAAGUGAUUUUGGAAGAGAAUCAGAGGUUGAGAUAAGCUGGGAAGUGGCCCGUGGAUCUGCUGAGUUUAUGCAGAAGGUGAGGUUGAAUCCCGGGAUCAAAAAAUCUCAUCAUCACAACAACAAUAACAACGCUUUUUCUCUGAGUGUUGCUUCUAUCAUUAGAGGGGCUUUGCCUUUGCCUGGUCCUCCUUUGGGGAACUGUGCGUUCCCACAAGAGGCAUAUUUUGAGAUUACCAUUUUGUACUCACGUGGGGAUGAGUAUGAGUUUGUUGGGAAGAGUGUGGAAGGUGAAAAGACCAAGCUUUUGGUUCAAGGUAACUCCAAUGUUAAAGGGAAUUCGGAGGCUUUGGUUCAUGUUACUAGUGGCAAUGGUAGUAAUAAAAUCAACAAUGUUGAAGGAGAAGGUGGGAAGGGUGAAUCUGUGAUGUUCUCUUUUGGGUUAACUGCUGGGGGUUCUGUUCCUUUGAGAGUUCCAGGUAGCUACACUGGGAGCAUUGGCUUCAACUCCAACGGUUCUCUCUAUCUUGAUGGAAUGAAACUUGUAAGCGAAUCAGAGAAGGCAGAAUGGGUAGGAACCGAUAGAGUGAUUGGUUGUGGAUUUGAUCCUAGGCAGAAGAAGGUUUUCUUCACAUUAGACUCAGAGCUAAUGCAUGUCAUUCACUGUCAGACAGAGGAAUUUGGUACACCACUCUUUCCAAUCUUGGCUGCAAACAUAGACAUUCUGGUGUUAGUUAAUUUUGGACAAAGUGCAUUUAAAUAUGCACCUGCAAAUGCCCAGAGAACACCAAAUCCAUGCUUCAUAGCCCCACUUGUAAAUUCCCCUGCUGCUACCAUAGGCUAUGAUGACAGCAAGGAGCUAUUCUCAAUUGGAAGGAUUGAUUCUCAGUGGCUCAAUCGGUCCACAACCAAAGGAAGCCACAACAAUGGGAACAAUAAUAAUAACAAUAACAACAAAAAUCGAACAUUGGAUUUUGAUGAGGAGUCUGAGGCUGAUCUAUUUGAAAUCGUCUUAGAUGGUUCUGGAAAAUCGCCAAACACAGCAUCAUAGCUUACAGCAAAGAGUGCACAUUGGUAAAACAUCAUCUAUAUAUAUUUGCUUGUCCUAAUGGGACAUGGCUUUGCUGCACAUACAUGGGUUUCAUUUGGAAGAAUGUUUAACGUGUGUAUCUCGCCAUCGGUUAAUGCUGUACGAAUGAAUACACAGAACACACACAGAAGGAGAUUCAUAUACAUGACACACUACUUUACCUAUCAUCACCAAUUGUGGAGGCUUAACAUUGACUAACCAGUCAAAUACAGUUUGUCUUUCGUUAUCUACUCUAUUAUUUUUUGCAAGCGGCCAGGAAUUUAAUUUUUUCUUUUGGAAGAGAAUAUAAUCACCCCCCUCUGUAAAUUUGUAUCCUCGUAUAUAUUAAUAAAAAUGUUUCAGGUUUCAACUGCCUGUGAAAAAUGA